CCUCGUCAGAGCAACAACUCAUUCCACUACGAAAUUGGAAUCAAUUGACGGCCUUUUAUCAGCGGGUGCUUUGAAUCUGAAUUAAUUUCGUUUAUUAUUUACCUGCCUUACUAUUAAAUGCGUUAACCAUUUAUGAUUUUCGAAAACAUGAGCAGAUCACCCCUUCUUGUUUGUAUCUUCAAUUUAGGAACACCUUCUGUUAGUGUUAGAUCCUUUGAUAAUUCUAAAUUUCUAUAGAAGCAUUAGCCGGAUAUGUGAAUCAAUUAUUUCUGCAAUUUCAAUCAUUACAUUUCAUCCGAAAUUCAUUAUUGUUUUAUUUAUACCUGCCUAAUGUUCUAUUUUAUGUCCCAGUGGACAGUUGUUGAGUUUAUUGGCGAAGAUAAAACAAUCUCAACAAUUCCAACAAAAUGGCUUAUAAAAGAAAAUGGAAUAAGUACCAGUACUUGGUGGCCUAAGGAGAGAACGCGAAAACAUAUACAACGAGCAUCCUCUCCAGAUUAUGCAACGUGGGAGAAAUUUGGAGUUGUAAAUCUCAUCAAUGCACCAAUGACCUACGAAGAAGCGAUUGCUUAUGAAAAAAAAAAGAAAUGAGUGAAGGGACAGAUGAAAACGAUAAAAAUAAUAAUUCUAGUCGACUAAGGAAGAGGAGGGAUAAUAGAAAACAAGAAUUCUCAUAUUCUUCCAAUGAGGAGGACGGCAAUAUACCUAAUCCUCCAAAUUUCACAUUGACAGAAGAUCAAGAAUCACUUGCAGAUACUGUGUCGUUCACAUCAACAGAAUUGAUGCCACCACCCCCAGUUCCUGCUCCUUAUGAAUUAACGAAUAAUCAUGAAAUUCAAUUAGGGGUACCUGAAGAAGAACCUGCUAACAGAAAUUUUGAGAUAAUAGCAACAUAUGAAGAUUCCGUUGAUUGCGGCACAGACACAGCAAACUCUGAAACUCUAGGGAAAAUCUUGAAACAGGUUACAGAGAACCGAGUCCUACUUGAGAGAAUUCUGAAUUAUCUCCCACAGCAAAACCUCCCACAAAGCUCUAUUCAAUAUAAAAAUAUUGAUCAUUCAUCUGUUCCAACUGAGCAAUUCAAAAAAUUCAAAGAACUUUUGAAGUUUGACAAAAAGCUUAUGGAGAACAGUUUCAUGCAAGAACAACUGCAAUCAUUCUUUAGAUUGUCGGGGGGAAAUAAUGGGAAAGAGAAUGUUUUGCGGGGUUUGAAAAAGAUUCUGUCCGACAAGCUAGCAAGAAAAUGUUCCCUGCUAGGUAGAAAAGGGAACUUCGCCAUCGGGCAAAUGCUAUGGCUGAAAACAUUAAAAGAUGCAGCUAUAAGAGGCUAUCAAACAACAGAUAAGGAAUUUGAGGGUGUUGUCAGCAGCUGGUUACGGCAGGCAAACCUCCGGUACAUCAGGAAAAAGCAUCAGGCAGAAAUGAAAUGA